CGCAGCCAUUUUCAUUCUUUUCUCUAUUCCUGCCGUCAUAUGGCGUACAGUGUGUUAGUUUGUCCGCCAUAUUAAUAAAUCAAUAAACAGCAAAAUGCCGUCUUUCUAAGUGUGUUAAAUUAAUCCAACCACAUCCAGUUUUUGUGUAGAUAAAAUAUCUACUCCAUCAUAAUGGAGAAUUCCUACGGUGUGGGUAUUGUUAAUAGAUAUGCUCUUUUCUUGGACGAUGAGUCCGAUCCUCUGGAUGCGUUAAAAGCGCGAGAGCAAGCAAAAGAGCAAAAAAAGAAGACCAAAGAGGCCGAAAAAGAAAAUAAGGGCAAACCUGAGGCCAAACCUAAGAUCGGCAAUGUCGUUGUGAGGAAAGGUAUUAAGGAAACUCAAAAUGUGAAGUCUCAGGAAAAUAAGAGUGGUGAUCAACAAAAAAACAAGGGGCCGGCGCGGAGCAACGACCGCAAUGCGGAACGUCCUACGCCUCGUCGCCGCGAGGAACGUCCUCAGAAUGGGGCCGUAGAAGGCAAGGAAGGAGCUAGGCCUCGUCGUGAGUUUGGAGAUCGCAAACCGAACUUUGAGCGACGCAACUACAAUGACAACUCUGAAGGAGGUGAGCGUCGCGGUCCGAGGCCUCCUCGUGAGCCCCGCGAAGGACAACGCGGUCCUAGGCCUGGUUUCGACAACAGGGGAAAACGUGAGUUCGAUAGGCGGUCGGGUUCCGAUAAAACGGGAGUUAAGCCUGUCGACAAACGGGAAGGUGGGGGCCCACACAACUGGGGCACUCUUAAAGACGACUUGGAGGAGGAGUUGAACAAAACUGGAUCCGAUGGUGACGUCGGGGAAGAGAAGCCCGCGGAGGCCCCGGCCGUGGGUGCUGGGGAUGGGCAGCAGCCCGAGCCCGAGCGUACGGUGCCUACCGAGGAAGAGCCUCGAGAGCUGACGCUGGAUGAGUACAAGGCGCUGCGAAAUGCUCAACGCACCGCGCCCCAGUACAAUUUACGCAAGGCCGGCGAGGGCGAGGAUCUGAGCCAGUGGAAGAACUUGGUGAUGCUGGAAAAAAAGAAGGAAGGGGGGGAGGACGAUGAUAGCGAUGAGGAGUACGACAUUUCUGACUAUCCGCAGCGUGUGGGUCGUCAGAAGCGGCUGCUGGGCAUCGAGUUCACGUUCAGCGACGGCACGCGGCGUGGCGCCCCAGGUGGUCGCGGCCGUGGUAGGGGUGGACGCGGUAGAGGCGGACGCGGGCCGCCACGCGAUGAGGUGCCGGUGGAGGAGCCCCGGCCCAUUGCGCGCUCGCAGGUGGCUCCUCCGAAGGUCGAUGACAGCAAGGAUUUUCCCUCUCUCAGCUAGACUACUAACAGUGAGCCUUUACUCCCCUUACUCAAAAUACAUAGAGAUACAAAUUACUGUACUGUUAUUUUUUUGAAGUAAAUAUACAAAAUAUUUACAAUGUG